AUGGGGCAAAAUGCUGAUAAUCUUGAUACCGACCUGGAUGACUUGCUUUCUGAGGUCAGAACAGAGGAGAGAAAUCGCAGCAAUCAAGGUUGUGGAUCAGCGUUCCUUAACCUAUGCUUUGCAUACUGCACAUAUACGUGCGAGUAUGCACCACGAGUGUGUUUGUUUCUCGGCAUUGCUGGUUUGGUUGUCCCUGCAUAUUUCUUGGUGAUGGCAGCACUCAACCCUACAGAACAGUUUGGAGUCAUCCAAAAUGACUACACUGAUGCUCGAUCGAAGUACGAUCUCGAAGUGGGCAAAAUUUCACACUGGUGUAUUUCAGGACCAACUUGCCGUUGCGAGGAUCCAUUGCAACCUCAGGCCAGAGCCGAGUUUCGCAAAUGGACUAACGCUCACCUUGAAAACAAAGAGGUGGUGAGCAAGAUGGUCCAGGACCAUAAAACCCCUGAUAUCGCGUUUCUCGGGGCAUCAGUGGUCGAGGAAAUGGACGGUAGAUGGUUUGGAAACAGUCGUGACGAAGAUUUGAAUCGACUGGACAAGCUGUUCAACAAAAACUUCAACAAGGAUCAAGGCGCAGAAUUGGAUGCGGUAGCCUUAGGAAUUGCUGGAGAUACGAGCCCCUCGGUGCUGUGGAGACUCAUGAAUGGCGAAAUGCCCACGGACUUUAGCCCGAAGAUCUGGUGGCUUGAGCUUGGGAUGAACGAUUUGGGUAGAACUCGUUGCAGUGAAGAAGUGGUUAUUCUUGGAGUCCUUCGAGUAGUGGAAGAAAUUCUGAACAAGAAGCCAAGUGCAAAGAUCGUUAUCAAUAGUCUUCUGCCUAUGGCUGAAUUCCGAGGUGGCUUCGAACCGAAUAAGUGGGAUUUCAAAGAUUCUUUUUUCAAGUCCAUCAUCGCCGAAGACUCAGAAGGCAACGAUCGAAGGCGACUACAAGAGCAGCAACGCCGUGGACUUGGUUGGUUUGGCAUGCUUGGAAGGGGCACUGGAAAGCCACCCAAGCCUGUCAGGAUGUCAGCGGACCGGAACAAACAAAAGAAGUUCAAGUCCCUUACCCGUCGAAAGCAAAAAAUUCCCUUGUUUACUUCAAUUUAUGCUAUCAACGCUGUGUUGCGAAAAUUUGCGUCGAAACACGACAACGUGUAUUUCUUUGAUGCAACGAGUAUUUUUGCAGAGCGAGAGGAGAGAUACUGGAAUCUGAGGACUGAAAUGAUCUCUACACGAGGACAUCCAUCCUUUGAAGGGUAUAGGAAGUGGGAACAAGCUGUGAUUGAAAAGGCGAAAACUAUUCUUCAGGGUGGUGGUAGUACGUAG